GGUGUAAAUAUGGCAUUAGAUUUGCCACAAAUCGCUGUCGUUGGCGGACAAUCAGCGGGAAAGUCAUCGGUAUUGGAGAACUUCGUUGGCCGCGAUUUCCUGCCCCGCGGGUCCGGUAUUGUCACCCGAAGGCCACUCGUCCUCCAACUAAUCAACUCCACAAUGGAAUACGGAGAGUUUCUACACGUGAGGGGAAAGAAGUUCACAAAUUUCGAUGAAAUCCGCAAAGAGAUAGAAGACGAGACGGAGAAGAGCACUGGUCAUAAUAAAGGCAUCUCUCCGGUGCCCAUCAAUCUGCGCGUCUACUCUCCAUAUGUACUCAACUUAACACUUAUCGAUCUUCCAGGUAUGACCAAAGUUCCUGUGGGCGACCAACCGGUCGAUAUAGAGAACCAAAUCCGGGAAAUGAUAUUCACAUUCAUAAAGCGAGAGAACUGUUUGAUACUAUCGGUGACGAGCGCUAACCAGGACUUGGCCACCAGUGAUGCGCUCAAGUUAUCCAAAGAAGUGGAUCCGGAGGGUCUGCGAACGAUCGGCGUAAUCACGAAACUGGAUUUGAUGGACGAGGGAACCGAUGCCAGAGAUGUUCUCGAAAAUAAAUUAUUACCUCUUCGUCGCGGAUACAUAGGAGUUGUCAAUCGUUCCCAAAGGGAUAUCGAGGGCAAGAAAGACAUUCGUGUGGCCCUCGACUCGGAGCGCAAGUUUUUCCUCUCCCAUCCCUCGUACAGACAUAUGGCCGACAAAAUGGGAACUCCGUAUUUGCAACGCGUUCUCAAUCAACAGUUGACUAAUCAUAUAAGGGAUACACUUCCGGCUCUUAGAGACAAAAUGCAAAAACAAAUGUUGAUUCUUGAGAAAGAUGUGGAAGAAUACAAGAACUAUCGACCGGACGAUCCGACGCGCAAAACCAAAGCCAUGUUGCAAAUGAUACAACAGCUGCAGACGGACUUCGAGCGCAACAUCGAAGGCAGCGGUUCGGCGGCGAUCAACACGUCAGAGCUGUCGGGCGGCGCCCGUAUUAACCGACUCUUUCACGAGAGGUUUCCCUUCGAGAUCGUGAAGAUGGAGUUCGACGAGAAAGAGCUUCGCCGGGAGAUAGCGUUCGCCAUUCGCAACAUUCACGGCAUACGAGUCGGUCUCUUCACGCCCGACAUGGCCUUCGAGGCGAUCGUCAAGAGACAGAUCGGAAAACUACGCGAACCAUCGCUGAAAUGCGUGGACCUCUGUAUCAAUGAGUUGGGAAACGUUGUCCGGCGCUGUACUGAGAAAAUGCUUCGUUACCCGCGACUACGCGAAGAGACCGAACGUAUUAUCACAACUCACAUCAGAGAACGCGAACAGAAGACCAAAGACCAGAUCCUGCUGUUGGUUGAGGUGGAGUUGGCGUAUAUGAACACCAAUCACGAGGACUUCAUUGGAUUCACGAAUGCCCAGCAGACGGCUGAGAACACACAGGGAGGCAAACGAAAGCUCGGCAAUCAGGUGAUCCGUAAGGGCUAUAUGUGUAUCCAUAACUUGGGUAUUAUGAAA